AUGAGUUGUCUAAAUUGUGGUCACAAUGACGCUUUUAUUCAUCAUAUUUUUGCUAGUAAACAUACAGAUUAUGAAUACAGAAAGAGAAAUGUAUUUGUUAUCAAUUACACCAGAAAAAAAAAUUCUGCAAAUAACAAGCAAAACAUACAUGUAUUGCAUAUCCGAAGAAAAUGUUGAUGCUGCUGUGUUCACCUUGCCACCACUGAAUAAAUUAGACGACUCAACAAGUUUAAUGAAUAAGAGGUUUUGGAAGAAUGAUGAUUGGGUAAUAAAGAGGUCAAGUGAUUCAACAAGAACGGCUGUUUUAGACAGAAGAUGGGAAGAUUUUAACAUCACAAGAACAAACUAUUUACGUUUCGAUAAAUCGACAACCUCUGUAUCUUUUUCCGUGUAUGGAACAAACGCGAUAGAAUUUUUCGCAGACGAUGGCGAAACACUUGAUUAUUUUAGGCAACCGGUAAAUAAUACAGAAACUUGGAACACAUUUACCAUCUUUCAAAAAGAUGGAUAUGUUCAUUAUUUUGGAAAUAGUGAACGCAACUUCCGCACAUACUGGUUGAGACCUUGGCAGUUUGUUGUAAGGACUCAAGCAGAAGCUUAUUUCAAAAUACAUGACUAUGAAUAUAGAGAAGCUACAGUUCACAAUAAUGAAGAAAAUUCCACAACACUGAUAAUUCCGAGCUCCAAAAUAUCAUUGUUGAUUGUUUACGUUUAUUUGUGCAAAUCAUGUGUACUAGAAGUUUCACAUAACGGAGAAAAAAUAUUAAAUAUGUCUUCAAAUGUCAAAAAACAUGAUGCCUCAUUAGAAAAAUGGCAGAGCUACAAAAUUAUGAUCAAUUCCUCAGUAUCAAACGAAAUAACGUUUGUCAGAAGACAGAAAGAAUCAACUGAAGAAGGCUAUUGGAGAUUGGAUGUAAGAGAUCGUAAUUAUAUGUAUGACGCUGCGGUAUUCAAACUGGAAUCUGCGGAUGAAAUCCCUUUAUGUAAAUAUUUACAAGCCCCGGAAGAACCCCCAAUUUGUGAAAAAGAAAAUAUGGUAAAUCCGAUAAACGUUAACUGCAAAGUGGGAUUUUUGGGCAAGACAUGCUCGAUAAAAUGUGAAGAUGUUUUAGGAGAAAAAUAUAACUACUGCGAAAACCAUAAAAUCUGGUAUAAUAACAUCUACGAAUGCCCUUGGGGUUAUAGUGGUGACUCGUGUGACAAAGAAUGUGAAAAUGGAGAAUACGGAUUUAGUUGCAAACAAAAUUGUCCAAAUAAUUGUCCAAAGUCAUGCGAUAAGAAAUCAGGAGAAUGUACGGAAAGUGACAAAUCACGAAACAUCCAAUUAAAUCCUGUAUUAACUUUGGUUGAACAUUUUAUUCUUUUGGUGAUUAUUGCCAGUGUCAUAAUUAUUACGACGAUCUGCUGCAUCAGAAGAAAAAAAAAUAAUAUUCGUAUUGUAUAGAGACCUUUUGUAUAAAUUUAUAUUAUUACGUUGGGCGGCCGAAUAAAAUUGGCGUCAAUUAAACUCAACAA